AUGAAUUUCAAUCUUGGAGAUUGUUCUAAUAAUAAUGAUGAAGAUUUUUCUUCUUCGUCAUCAUCUUCGUUAGAUUUGGAUUUUUUUCCUAGUACAGAACACCAUGAUAAUUUAAUAAAUCAGCUACGUAUGAACAACUACAUGUUCCAACAAGUUCUACAAUACCAUACUAAUGAAGUUUUCAUAGGUGUCUCCAUUCCAGGUCAUGUGGUAAUCAAUCGUGAUCGUGAGACGGUUGAUGAUAAUUUAUUUCGUGAUUAUUUUUCAGCCACACCACACUUUAAUGAUGCAAUAUUUCGCCGUCGUUAUCGAAUGUCCCGCAAUUUGUUUCUUCGUAUCGUUGAUGCAAUUAAAGAUCACGACACGUACUUCGAACAACGCAUUGAUGCACUAGGUAGAUUUGGAUUAUCUACUUUGCAAAAAAUUACCGCUGUGUUUAGAAUGUUGGCAUACGAGGUUUUUGGUGAGCAAUAUUUGAGAUCACCAACACCUAACGAUGUUGGGAGGCUUCUACACAUUGGUGAGCAACGUGGUUUUCCAGGAAUGUUAGGUAGUCUAGAUUCCAUGCACUGGAAAUGGAAAAAUUGUCCAACGGCAUGGGCUGGGCAAUACGCAGGUCGUAGUGGAUCACCAACAAUUAUUCUUGAAGUUGUUGCUGAUUAUGACCUUUGGAUAUGGCAUGCUUAUUUUGGUUUGCCUAGCACCAAUAACAAUAUUAAUGUUUUAGAGUCAUCACAUUUAUUUUUCAAUCUUGCUAGCGGUAUUGCGCCUCCCGCCCAUUAUGUUAUUCAAGGAAAAGAAUACAAUAUGGGUUAUUAG